AACGAUGGCCUUGUGUCCAUGGUGCGUAUGCCUAGGGCUGAAUAGCAGCUUUCUGAUGAGCGAGCGUGCGGACAUGUCCGCGCGCCACUAUUCCGCGCUGGCGUCGCACCUCGGCAUGCGACUAUACAGGUCAGAUUUGGAUUUAUCAUCCCGGGCAUCCUUAUGUAUCAAACUAUCGCUAUCGCUCUUCUGCUCUUACUGACUUGCUUCCGUUCAUCUACUCGCUACGUUGGCACCGCACUUCGCCCACGCCAACGUCGAUUCUGCCUAGCAGGGCGCUCACGUGGCCAAUCACGUUGUGCUCACCACACUCAGUGUCUGGCCAACCCAGCUGCAGCGUACUGUGUAAUGUGUCCACUCCACUGUGACGGCAUCGCUUAUGCAGCAAUUGCUCGACCCCGCAAUAGGCAGCGUGAUCGUCACGAACUUGUCGUGGUCGGCCAGAGUUCGCGACCGAGGAACAGGCCGUCGUGCAGCAUGUUCCUGAAUGCUUUCGUUUGGCAUCGGUUUCCCUACAGCUGCUCAACGUUCUUGAUCCCGGACUUCCGCCGUCCCUUCCUUAGUUGGCAAACAAUGACGUCAUCAUUAUGGUUUCACAACAAUGCUGUACGUUCAGGUACCAUGCUUCCGCAUCGCCCUGGUAUCGGUGCAAUUUGUCUAGGCGGGGUUGAUGUUGAUGAUGUGCUCGAGCGGCGUAGGCAUUUCCGUCGUACCGCUGUCAAUCGUGAGAAGAACGGAUGUCUUGAUUUGUUGCGAGUUUGCGAGUGAUAUUACCACUGCAGCCGCUAGCCAAGCAGUGUGGCAGUAUCUGCUCACUGACGAGACUUUGCAUUCGACACUAUUCCAUUAGAAAUACUACCGGCCCUUUUUCGCACCAUAUAAGUAUUGCGCAGCCCUCGGCAUUGGGUGUGCUUAGUAGAACGGCUCUUGACGGGCAUACCGAUUUACGAUACUAUCCAAGCCCCUGCAUCACGGAAAGAUGGCGACCAAAAUAAUCGAUAUCCGGACAGACACCGCGGAGUCUGAUAUUCUUGCUGAUAUCAAGAAUGGUUUGCGACCGAACAAUGGUGGCGAAAAGAAGCUGCCUACGUUG